UAAACGAGGUUAAAACCAGGGAAUUCUGCCGAGCAAUACACAAGCAAACCAACACUUUAUGCUUCAUGUUUUGAGAUGAUAGAUAUCUAGCUCCAACACCGGAGAGUCUCUCUAACCAGAAAAAGACUCUGAACCACCUCCAAUUAUGCCGAGACUAACCUCAUCACCUCCUCAUAUUCACUUCUUCUACAUCCCGUGUCUGGUCUUCCUCUGCUCCCUCUCCCAUGUUGCAGAGUCUCAAAUCCCGGAUCAAGAACAGCAAGUCCUCUUGAAGCUGAGGCACACCUGGCAAGACCCAUCUUCCCUCGAUAACUGGGUCCCCUCCAAUUCAACCUCCCACUGCACAUGGCCCGAGGUCAACUGCCAAGACGGUUCAAUCACCGAGCUCAAGCUUGCCAACCUGAACAUAAAUUAUCCGAUCCCCCCAUUCAUCUGCGACCUCAACAAUCUGACCAGGCUCGAUCUCUCCAACAACAAUAUUCCUGGAGAGUUUCCCACAGUUCUCUACAACUGUUCCAAGCUCCUGUACCUCGACCUGUCCCAGAAUUACUUCGAAGGUCCAAUUCCAUCUGAUAUCGAUGGCAUGGCCAAUCUUCAGGUCCUGAUUCUCGCCUUCAACAGCUUCUCUUUCGACGUCCCGGCGUCAAUCACGAGGCUGCAGAGGCUGAGGAUCCUUGACCUUCAGCGGUCUGAGUACAACGGCACUUACCCUGAAGAAAUUUUUGGCCUCUCCAUUCUUGAAGAACUGCGCCUCGGGUACAAUGACAAGUUCGUGCCAUCGCAGCUGCCACAGAACUUCACCGCCCUGAAGAAGCUGCGGUUCUUCUCGAUGCCGCAGACGAACCUGUUUGGCAGAAUCCCGGAGACAGUCAGUGAUAUGGAGGCUCUCGAGCACUUGGAUUUGGGGAGAAAUCCACUGACAGGAGAGAUCCCGGGCAGCAUUUUUGCUCUGAGGAACUUGAGCGAGUUGUACGUGGACCAGACUAAUGUGUCUGGGUCGAUCCCUCAGGCAGUCAGCGCCACAAACCUGAGCGUGAUCGAUCUGUCUGCUAAUAAUUUGAUGGGGAACAUACCUGAAGUUUUCGGGAAGCUCAAGAAUCUAUACAGCUUGAAUUUACAGUUCAAUCAAUUGUCAGGCGGAAUCCCGGAAGGUAUUGGGCGUCUUCCCGCUUUGUCUGAUGUCAGGCUGUCCAACAACAAUCUAUCAGGCACGAUCCCCCCGGACUUUGGCAAGUUUUCCCCGCUCAGAAGAUUCGAGGUGUCCUUCAACAACUUGACUGGCGCAUUGCCAAAACAACUGUGCCAUGGCGGCACGCUGUUCGGGUUGGCCGCUAUGGACAACGAUCUCAAUGGGGAGUUGCCGGAGUCACUUGGAAAUUGCAGUACUUUGUCCGUAGCCAUGUUGAACAACAAUGGAUUCACCGGCAAUGUCCCUGGAGGACUCUGGAUGUCACGGAACUUGACAGCUUUGAUCUUGAGUGGUAAUAGAUUAACCGGCGAGCUUCCCCAGGAGCUGUCCCCUAACCUCACUCGGAUCGAGAUGAGCAACAACAAAUUCUUUGGCAAGAUUCCGAGCACGGUGUCUUCGUGGAGGAACAUGGUGGUGUUGGAUGCCAGUAAUAACCUCCUCAGUGGCACGGUUCCAACUGAAUUGACCGAGCUUCCUAAGCUGACGAUGCUUUUGCUCGGUCAGAACGAGCUCUCCGGGAUUCUUCCCACAGACAUCGUUUCAUGGAAAUCCUUGACCACUCUGAAUCUUAGUCACAAUAAGAUCUCGGGACCGAUUCCAAGUGAAAUCGGUCUUCUACCCGUACUCACGCAGUUGGAUCUGUCUGACAACCAACUGUCCGGCUUGAUUCCUCCUGAAAUCGGCCAACUGAAUGUGAACCGUCUCAAUUUAUCAUCCAAUCGCCUCAGUGGACCAAUCCCGGCCAAGUUAGAGAACGCCGCAUAUGACGCCAGUUUCCUGAACAACCCCAGGCUCUGUGCAUCCAAUUCGUUCAUGAGAAUCAAUGUCUGCAACGCCCAAUCCCAUAGAUUGAGCAAGACCAAUCUCACCUUGAUCGUGAUCUUGGCCAUUGCGGCAGCGAUAUGUGUUUUGUUGGUGGUGCUAUUCACGAUCAGAGCUUCCAGAAAGAACAGGGAUUGGUUUGAUUCAACUCCGAAACUGACUUCAUUCCAAAGUUUGAAUUUUGCAGAAUCGAAUAUUCUGUCGGGAUUGAAGGAGGAUAAUGUGAUUGGAAGUGGUGGAUCAGGAAAAGUAUAUCACAUUAUUGUGAAUCCUUCUGGUGACGCCGUCGCUGUGAAAAGGAUUUCAAAUAACCAAAAGUUAAAUGAGAAACUGGAGAAGCAAUUCGUAGCAGAAGUGGAGAUACUUGGGAACAUUAAGCAUCGGCACAUUGUCAAAUUGUUGUGCUGUAUUUCUUGCGAGAAGUCGAAACUCCUAGUGUACGAGUACAUGGAAAAUAGCAGCUUGGACCGUUGGCUUCACAAGAAGAAACGAUCAUCGCCCAUCUCGGGUGUCUCCAACAAUAUGAUCUUGGAUUGGCCCAAAAGGUUGCAGAUUGCGCUCGGAGCAGCUAAAGGACUUUGCUAUAUGCAUAAUGAUUGUUCAUCACCCAUCAUCCACCGAGACGUGAAAUCGAGCAACAUUCUCUUAGACUCAGAGUUCAACGCAAAGAUUGCUGACUUCGGCCUUGCAAGGAUGUUGGCCGAGCCUGGGGAAGCUGUUAGCAUGACAGCCGUUGCUGGUUCUUUCGGCUAUUUGGCACCAGAGUAUGCUCAUACAACAAGAGUCAAUGAGAAGAUCGAUGUCUAUAGCUUUGGGGUGGUUCUCUUGGAACUAACCACUGGGAGAGAGGCUAAUGACGAGGACGAAGACAUGUGCCUCGCUGAUUGGGCAUGGCGUCACAUCCAAGAUGGUAACCUGAUAUCUGACGCAUUAGAUGAGGAGAUCAAGGACGACUCAAACGUAGAUGAAAUAAGCAAUGUUUUCAAGCUCGGGAUCUUUUGCACUGCUACUCUGCCUUCCACGAGGCCUACUAUGAAGGAGGUACUGCAAGUGCUGCUCAAAUGUAGCGAUCCACUGUACAAUGUCGAGAAGAAAUCCAGACACAAGUUUGAUGUCGUCCCACUGCUUGAAAAUUCCAAGCACGAGGAAACGCCACGCAGUGAUUUUCAUGUUCUUGAGUGCAACACUUACUGACUGUUAGCACUAGAACAGUUGCAAGGGCUUAGUGUAGGGCUUUGGACUCCCAACUUUUGGGAAACUUUUCCAACUUGUCCUACAGAGAGACAAGCAUCAAACGAUUUGUCUAACUAUGUAUUAGUGAUCCAUGCCUAAGACUAGUUUCCGAAUGUAUCCUAUAAAAUGUAUAUAAUAUAAGAGAUGGAUAUGUCAAUUUGAGCUAGAUACAUGGACUUCCAAGGAGAUAGUCACUUCAGCAACAAAGUAUGGUACAACGAGACCCAAAGAGACCCAAAUUAUAUGCUCAGAAAAGGGUCACUUUGUCUCGAGGAAUUGUGAAUGAGAGGCCAUGAGAACGGCAGCUCCAAUGCCCGAGUGAUCAUUCGACUGCACAAUAAUUGUGUUCACAGAAACUUCACACUUCAGGUCCCAGCAACUCCCUGCGAGUGGCCUCCGCGCAGCUCCACAAUUUGGUGUAGUGCUCUUACAGCCCUCCAUUUAAUGCUAUAACUGAUCUCUGCUUGUCCCCGUCCCCAAGGGUAUCUCUUCCCAGCUUCUUCAAGAUGCCAGAUAUCCUGGCAGCAGCAAGACGAGAACCUCGAGAGGCAACUAUGUCGCAUAGAUCGACUACAACUUUACUCAUUCUCAAGGAGGUGUCGGAUAUCCAAGGACGGACAAAUGAGCAUUAACUAUAGGGGGGCUCAGCAAUUCCUAAAGUUGGGCACUGAAUUUAGGAAAGUGAAGCAUUAAAUAGGGAUUUAUGGAUUCAGCUUUAGAUAAUUGCAGAUAAGAGAAAACAGAACUAUCUUUCAUUGUUCCAGAA